AUGUGCGAAGAGAGCAAAAAAAGAAACAGACCACACCUCAAACUUAUUACAGUUUAUACGUUACACAAAUACUUCAAUGGCAAACAAGAUGCGUGAAACAACAUGUAGCUGCCAAACAGAAAAGGUAACAAAUAUGUUGGGAUAGCCACAAAAAGGUGAACUUGCAGACUAUACGAAGCACAAGAAUUCAGUUAUUUGAUCAAUGAAAGAUUAUAGGCACAAAGAGUAGAGUGUUACUCUUUGCUCCUACUUCAUCUUCCUGAUGUCUGCUACUUCUGAAUAAAAUAUAUUAUCAUGUUCUGCACCCAGUAAGGAGUUACUUCUAACUGUAUCAUGAAGAAAUAUAAACGUGUCAGAAAAUAUUAAAAAAUAUAAAUGAUUCACCAGCUAAGAGCGUCGAGCAACACUCAGCAGUGAGCACACACCAUCAUCAUAACCAGGCUGUGUACAUGGAGCUACCUUAGACAAGCUUAAAUGCCAACCAACUCCAAGCAGUCCCAGAUCAAAAAGCUCAUGACAACGGAAAACUUGAAAAAGAAAAAAAAAACUUUACAAGUCUUAACCAAAAAAACUCUAAAUUUACACACACACACACACACACACUAAAGGCAACACAUUCUUACACAUUUCAAACUCCAGUUCUAUAGCGCAAAACAAGACUUGAGUGUUGAAAUAUGAAGAAAGUUUCCCAAUAAGACGAGAGAAAACUGAACACGUCAUCACAAAUAAAGCACGAGAUAUUCCCAAACGCAGUUUGCAGCAUAAGUCUUGCCAUAUGAGACGCCUAGUUAAGAACAACGUCCAUGCAUCCACUGGCACUCAAAGCUCAUGACUGGACCAUAUCCACACCCCACCAUAGCUGUGGAAGAAUUAUGGCCAUGGAGUUGAUCUGACACAAAUGCACAAUUGCUUUGCAGAACAACUAGCCUAGCUUAUACUAAUGCUCUAGGAGCUAAUGUGCUAAUGUGAAUCAACCCGGGGUUGCCCCACAAUUAAUGUGGCUACCAUGGGCGUAGGUGAGAGUGUUAAUUACCAAUGUCCUAGCAGAGAAGGUGGUUAUGCUAAUACCCGCACAGUUCACCGACAGCCCCCACUGCGGGCCUUGUGGACUGGACCACCUUCACCUUCAGUUGCCCCUCCCCUGAAUUCUCUCUUCACCUCUACUACCUCUGUCCCGAAAUAACUUUAUUUUUCACCUAUCCCGUACAUACCAAUACAAAGACAAAAAUACCAUAAUGUCCUCUAUUUUAACAAAUCACAAUGCAAUUUUACCCCACUUUAACAAACUCCAAUGCAUUUGUCUCCCACUUCCAUAGAUUCAAUAUAAUGAUUUACUUAAAAGAUAAAAGUUAUUUUGAGACAAAUAAGAUGGUAAAAAAUGAAGUUAUUUUGGGAUAGAGGGAAGUAUCUCCAGUCCUGCCUUACUUUUAUCCCUUGGCACACACCUGCUAGUUGCUACUGCUUGUGAACCCAGCCCUUGGUGAUGUUCAGUGAAAACUAGGCCAAACACAAUCUCUUUGAUUCUCUCUUUCUAUCUCUGUAUCUCUGAUACGUACUAUUUGACCACCUAUACGUCUCACCACAUUUAACGCGGCACUGUAGACGCAAGUACAGGCCGCAGCAGUUUAUAUUCACUCAAACAAGUGCUUUCCUCCUCCCCCACACCUCCUCCGUUCAGUUCAGAGGCGCCUAGCAAUAGCAGCUCAUUGCCUCAUCUCUGCCUCCCCUGUCCUUCUGGGGGCAGAGAAUCUCUCCACUGCUGGAAAAAUGGUACAGCCAAAGAAGAAGUUUCGUGGAGUCAGGCAGCGGCACUGGGGCUCCUGGGUCUCUGAGAUCAGACACCCCCUCCUUAAAAGGAGGGUGUGGCUGGGCACCUUUGAGACGGCCGAGGAGGCUGCGCGAGCCUACGAUGAGGCUGCUGUGCUGAUGAGUGGCCGCAACGCCAAGACCAACUUCCCCGUGCAGAGGAACUCCACCGGUGAUCUCGCCACGGCCGCAGACCAGGACGCCCGUAGCAAUGGCGGUAGCAGGAACUCCUCCGCGGGCAACCUGUCACAGAUUCUCAGUGCUAAGCUCCGCAAGUGCUGCAAGGCGCCAUCUCCGUCCUUAACCUGCCUCCGCCUCGACCCCGAGAAGUCCCACAUUGGCGUGUGGCAAAAGCGCGCAGGGGCCCGUGCUGACUCCAACUGGGUGAUGACGGUGGAGCUCAACAAAGAGGUAGAACCAACUGAACCUGCAGCUCAGCCCACAUCAACAGCAACAGCUUCGCAAGUGACAAUGGAUGAUGAGGAAAAGAUUGCGCUGCAAAUGAUCGAGGAGUUGCUGAGCAGGAGCAGUCCAGCUUCACCCUCACAUGGAGAGGGAGAGGGUAGCUUUGUCAUCUGAAAGGCUUGGAUGAAACGACGGCAUAACGAAGUCACCACUCUAGACCAUGGUUCCAGAAUUUCCUGCUGGUACACAGGCAGUUCAGAUUACUUCAGUACAAUAGAAAAUAUCUAUUACUUCAGACAAGUAACAAGACAUAUAAGUUUGCAACUAUGUGUAGCUAUAUGUGUUUAUGAAAAGCUAUAUAUACGCAGUCUCCAUCAACAUACUUUGUUACACAUCAAUGUCAGUUAUAUAGUUUCUCAUAAAGGAAAUAAAUAGAUUGUUAUUCUGUGUUA